AUGUCUCGUCCUUUUCCCUACUCGUUCAUAUCGUGUCCCUGCGCGGAGACCUCGUCUGCUCCCACCCCUGCUACAAACAUACUCUCUAAAGAACUUUCAAACCUCACCCUUAGCGGUCAACAACAAGAUUCCUAUUCGGAUGAGGAGGAACAAACCUUUGAUCCGAGGUCACCUCGAGCGAAUUACUCCCUUUACCCUCCCGAACACCUUUUAUACUGCGAGGAUUGUCAUCAGAUCAAAUGCCCCAGAUGCAUUACAGAAGAAAUAGUGUGUUGGUAUUGUCCAAAUUGCUUAUUUGAAACACCAAGUAGCAUGGUCAGAAGUGAAGGGAACAGGUGUGCGCGCAACUGUUUUAAUUGUCCAAUAUGCACGUCCCCCCUAUCCGUCACAACCCUUGGGAAUGCUGAUAACGGAGGAGCUCAAAAUGGACCUUGGAUACUGGCAUGCGGAUAUUGCAUGUGGACUACACUUGACAUUGGAAUUAAAUUCGACAAGCCAACGAACAUCCGUGCUCAGCUUGCCGCAUUAACCAAUGAUCAAAGUCGCAGCCCACUGGAUGCCAAAUCUCCCUUAUCAACCAUUGCCUCCCCCGAAGAUACAAAAACAGUUGCUCUCCCCUCCCAGGAUGAGAAGCUAGCUGGAGCUGCUUUUCCAGAGCAACAGUCGCCACCGUCAAUGAACCCUGCGUCCCGGUUUUCCGCUUUGAAAUCAUUUUAUAGAAACCAAAUCACGGAGACAUCUUCAUCCCCAACAGAUCCCCUUAUGGGCCCCGAAAUAGCAAAAAACCCAAGUCCAAACCACCAGUCAUGCGCGAGGCCCUCACGCCAGCAGAAGGCCUUUACAUCCCCGACCCUAACGUUGAACGAUCAAUCAUUUCGCAAAAUGGCCUCUCCCAACUGCGGUUGGGACGGGCUAGCAUCUGUGGAACAAAAGAUGUCCCAGCCCCCCUCAACAAGAUUUGUUGAUGAGCUCCGACCCCUCCCCGUCCUCCUUCGAACCAAAAGAUCAAAACGCUGCAAAGCCUGUAAACACAUCCUCGUCAAACCAGAAUUCAAACCACAAUCAACCCGCUUCCGAAUCCGUCUCAUAGCUCUUAGCUACAUUCCACUUACCAUCAUGCGCCCACUACCUCCCUUCCCCGCCUCUUCCCCACCAGUGAACCUCGACGCCCUUGUGCCUCGCAAACCCGUCCAAUUACUACUUACUAUGAAAAAUCACAUGUUCGACCCCAUCCGUGUCACACUAGCUACCCCCUCGCGAACUCCCGGUCGCGUCGCGUCGAGAGUCACCAUACUCUGUCCGCAAUUUGAAGUUGGCGCCAACAGCGACGUAUGGGAUGAAGCGCUCGCAUCAUCUGGGGCACCAGACCCGCGCUCUUCCAGGUCGGGGUUAGAUAAAGUCGCUGAAGCGGGGAAGAUAUGGGAUAGGGGACGGAACUGGACAACUGUGGCGAUGGAAGUUGUGCCCGGAUCACUCGAGGGUUUAAUGGAUGAAGAAGGAGGCGAAGAUGAUGGGGUUGGAGGUGGAAUUGGGGAGGAUGAAAAUGUUCUUGAGAUUCCGGUGUUUGUGCGGGUGGAGUGGGAGGCAGAGGGAGGUGCGGAGGAGUUGUCUAUUAAGUCUGAUACGAAGAGGCAACAGGAGGCUGAGAUGGUGAAGAGGGAGUUGGCUUAUUGGAUGGUUUUGGGAAUUGGGAGGAUUAAGGUUAGUGAUGGUUGUUAG